UCCCCUCCGCCCGCCCACCCACACAGCCAAACAACUAGGGUUUGCUCCGCGCUGGCUGGGCGUUCGGCCCUCCUCGCCCGCCGGCGUGAUCACCCAGCUGUCCCUCCCUCCCUCCCUCGGCGCCGGCCCAUCGCAAGGGGGAAAAAACUCAUCAACUGAAGGUGAAUCCACAUUUACGGGGUAUUCUCAUCGUUCCAUGGUUCGGCCACAAAAAGUUGAUACCAAAGAUGACUUCUGAAGAGAAUAAAGUUGUUACACCUAAUGAACCACUAUCCAUGGAGCAGACAUCAAGCUCUGGUGCUAAACGUAAGCGCGGUCGUCCACGAAAGUAUGAGUAUGGUGUGCAUGAACUACCACAUAGUGUACAGCCCAUUCAGAGUGCCCUGCCUCUUUACAGCACUCAAGAUGGGAUACAGAGGAACAAUACAUCAGGUGGUAAUGUUGGCCCUAAUAUAGGCACAAUUCAUGCCUUGCCUACAAAGCAAGGCCCAGCUAAUAGAUCCAAUAGAAAUUCUGCUAAUCUGGUUAAGGCUUCUCUCAGCCAAGCCACCAAUUAUAGUAGUGCUUUCUUGCAAGGUAACUCUGUCAAAGAUGAUAUUGUUGGCAAGUAUUUUGUUGGCAAGAUGUCCAAGAAAUUUCCUGGGUUUUCUCUGAUUACGGUGAAAGUGAAGGACAAUCAGGUUCUCAAAGGUUGGAUUCCAGAUGAAAAUAGCCUCCGCCCAAUAACACCGAAGGAUGAUCUUGCUCCAGAUCUCCCUAUGCUUCAACCAAGUCAAGUCCAAAAGAAGCCAUCUACUAUUUACAAGCAAGCUGCUGGUCCUAUUCCAGUCCCCUUGGAGGAUGUUACAUUUGCAAAGCCUCUACAGAUGAGGAAGCCUGUUGAGAAAUCUGUUGCUAAGCAUAUGGUCCCUUCCAUUCCAAGACCUUACAUGGGUUCUGGGGCUGUUGCAGCAACCCCUAUCUCAGUUUCACUUGGUAAUUCUGAAUCAAAAGCUUCCUCUGAUCAGGGUACUGAAGUUCUGAACCCACAACCGAUAUCUGCUGUGAUGCAAUCAGGUCAACCUGUAUUGGCAUCAUGCAAGGAAGUCACUGGAGGGAAAACUGUCAAUGAGAUUCACAAAGUGUCGGAAUCUUCAAAGCACACUGAAGAGUCAUCAGGUCCCAAAGAGCAGCCUAAUGCUACAAAUAGCAAGCAACAAACGCUGAUGGGUCUGCCAGAAAACACAGAAAAAGCUGAGCAGUUGGACCCACAGAGAGACAUUUCCAAAGGAGUUGAUGACUCAAAGUCAGAAGCCUCAGGAGGAACUGCACCUCAGGUAGAGGCUUCAAACGCAGCACAUGAUCCAGAAGACCAAAUUCCAGAUGAUAUUCAUCAUGUGAACAUGAAAUGAAGGUUGACUGCAAAUGAAGCCAGAGGUUGAGAAAGACAACAUGAUUCCUAUUGUUUGGUGAAAGCUUGCAGUCCAGAUUGUUUCUGCCAAGUCUUGCAAGAAAUGGCUGGAUGCUAAAGGCGUAGGCCCAUUCCUUUCGUUUUUGUUUGUCUUUUAAGGAUACUUAGCUUUCUCUAGUUUUUGUUUCUUCCGUUUAAGUAUACUUCAGCCAUUUAAUGAUGAUGUAAAUCCAUAGAAAAAAAUUAAUCAAUACUUAGCACAAAGUA